AUGAUUUCCCGUCCACGAACCAUCUUCAAAGCUCAUCAUGUCGCCGGCGACGAGGGCCGCGUACUCGCCGACGGAGAAUCCGGAGACUUCGGUGAUGAACUCGGCGAUGCCAGAUUCCCGGGCUCUGAAGGCCUCGAAAGCCGCCAGGUGACCACCGACGGCUGGCAGUACAGUGUUUCGUCGAGUCUAAAAAAAUAUCCCGUCCGCCGCAAAUUGGAAGUUUUCGCGUGUCUGAGUCUCUCUGUUCCCUUACCGGCGAGGUCAGAGAAUCAUGGAAACAGUGCGUCAAGAAGAGAGGGUCGUCGAGAGACGAAGAGGGCGCAGAGAAGAGAAGAGAGAAGUUCCGCCCUUUUAAGUCGGGAAAAACGAAAUGUACAGAGGAAACAAGAGCCGAAAAAUAAGCUCCAAAUAAUGGAAAACAUUGAUGAUUUCCUUCUAGAGAUUUCAUUUAUGAUAUCAGUCUUCUAAACGCUUUUAUGUACAAACUAAAGGACACCUAUCAACCUCAUAGGGCCAAAAGAAGUGCGAAUUUUUUUGAAACCAAAUUUCUUCAACUAUAUCCACAAAAUUUCACAGAUUUCAUCUCACAAUGGUCCUUACAAAAAUUGGCAGAAGAAAUAAAUAAACGUGACAAACUUAGAAAUGAACGGUUAUGUAAUGACGGAAAAAUGUCUUUCACUUAAUGAUUUAGAAACCUUGAAAAAAAACAAAACACGAAGCGCGUGAAGAUCAUUCAGCAUUUCAAAAAAAGCCGACUGUGCCGAAAAGUUAGUUUCAUUUUAUUCGUUUCAAAAAUAUUUGUUACAUGAAAUCGAUUUAAUAAAAAAGAAACCUUUCAGAAUAAUAUUCAUGAAACUUCAACUAAUUUUACCAAGAUUUUCUCGCGGACAGGAACCUUGUAGAUUUUAAAAGCUUCUUUUUCUAUCUUUCUUCUUCUUGAUCCUUAUUCCCAAAUCCUUUUUACAGGUACAGUCUGCAAGCAACCCGUUCACCAAGAACACAGCGAACUGAGCCAGGCUCACCAAAGCGAAGGUUUUUCUUUUGAUAAUACCAUGUUCAAUCCAGAAAAAUUCUUCGAACCAAGACGGAACUUUCAGUCUUAUCAUGAUGGUUAACCAUAAAGUUCAGAAAAUAUUUAUCAAACGGUGAUCUAUCCUCAGAAGCAGUGCAGUAUGUAGGCCUGAAACUCUCUAGGAGUUCAUUUAUUGCGACUUUAUCUGACAAUAUAAGGUUUUAUAAGAAGAUUAGGAUAGGAAAAAGAAUUUUAGUUCAAAAAGACUGAAUUUUCUUCAGAUCUAUUUUUAAUAAAAAUGAUUUUUUCAGUCCGUAUGGACGAAACAACACGCGACGAAAGUCGCCAUCAAGACCACGGAAGGCAAAGGCCUCCACAAGCAGAUGACGCCCAUGACCCGGUUAGUUUUCGAUUCGAUUGCAAUAUUUCAGGGUUCAAAACGGCUCUCAGCCAUAUGAAAAUAAUGUUUCCAUGAAAAAAAGGCAGAAAUAUUGGUACAAGUCUUUAAAAUAUAGGCUUUUUCUUAAAACGGUCCUUUGCAAAAAGUUCAAAUGAUUGAAAAAUCCGUUCGUUGCUCUAAAAUUAUUUGAAAAGCAGACAUUCCAGAAUAUUAAUUCAAAAUGAAACGUGUAGCAUCUUUUUUAUCAUUUUUUUGGGAUGUAAACGUGUUCCUAGGUCAUUUUCAAAUAAAUGAUUCGAAUUUAUUAAUUUGAUAUUUUUAACCCUUUGAGUGAAUUUUGGGACCUUUUUUAAUGAAUCUAUCUUCAACAAAGCUUUUAAAAGAACAUAGUUUAUAUGAAAACCGCUCAUCUAAUUUGAUGUCUCGAAUUUUGAGUUCUUUUUCCUUGAUCGAAUCCAAGACCGAUUUGUAGUCCUGGACAGUACAGAUUUCUUCUUUGGUAGAUGAAACCGAAAAAUUGAAGGUACUGAAGAAUCUCUGAACUUCUCUAGAUGAUAUGAAAAGAAAGCACAGCGUUCUAAAACGGGGUUCACGCAGAAAGAGGCGCAAACUAUUCUCAAUGGAGCGCGUAACUUGGAGCGUUGUCAAUCAAAAUCAAGGUGCUUUUUUUUCUUUAAUUUACAUGCUAUUAACUUUUUUCGAUUGUUUUUUUAAAUCUUUUUUUUGUUUCUAUGCACGUAAAAUUUUAAUUAAUGUUUUUAAACGUUUUAGAAAGUUUUUGAAGUGUCCAUAGCUCGGUUAUGUGCCGAAACGUUGUUUAUAAAAGAAAAUACUGUAUCCAAGAGACAAAACCGAAAAUCGAAAUUCCAACUCCAAGAAUCGAUCAAAAUAUCAGUUUCCAACUAAUAAACAAGAAAAAAAGCUGUCAGUGUCCGCGCAAAAGAGAAAAAUUUCGACUUGACGAAAAAUUCAAAAAAAGGUGUAAUUGGUCUGUACCUAAGAGACAAAAUCGAAAUUUCAACUCGAGGAACCGAUCACAUUAUCAGUUUUCAAUUACUUAAACAGGAAAAAAAAGAAUACAAGAUCAAACCUGAGUUAAAAAUUUCCACUUUCGUGAACAGAACAAUUAUGUAGCCCUUUGAACCAAUCAAACCACAAGAAAAUAAACUGCGAAAUUUUAAGAGAGUUAUAGAAAAUGACUAGCAACACUUGGAAACUAUAAAUGUCAGGAAAAAAAAUGCUAGCCUUCAAAUAAUCAAAAAAUCCGGACUCUUAAUUACGACGCGAAAAAGACGAUUGUUAGCCAAGCCCACUCAUGCAACGUCCGCAUGCUUUUCAGAAAAGGGGCGGGAACCCCGCUUUAGAACGCUGUGAAAGAGUUAUUAAAACUAGAGAACAUACUUUCUCAGAAACCUCAAAGAGUUGAGGCACAACUCUAUCCUUCGAAAGUUAUCAAAUUCAAAAGUUCAACUGCGAAAACAAAACUAAUUUGCUUUUACAGCCGCCUCCAACCCACUCUGUGCGCCUUGCACCGCACCAGGUCGAAAACGUAAGUUUUAUUUGACUCGGCUUCAAUAUUUCUGCAAGGAACUCACUCGGAGCGGUUCCAGAUUUUUUUAAGAAGAGAAAAAAAGAGCCAACGCUUGAGAAAGUCUAAUUUUUUGUCUCUAGAGGAUCUCAGUACGGCUCUUUGGGCGUUAUACGGUGUUCAAAGUGAUUUCCGCAAAAUUCAAACCUUCCAGGGACUCUUUAAAAUUUUUUAUCAAUUUUUUGGGCGGUUUUUUUGAAUUUCGCGGACCAGGGCUAAUCUAACGACUUAGUGUUUGAAAAUGCAGGGUGUAGAGAUAUUUUGAGAAUUUUUAAAACUUCUGGAAAUUCAUUACAGAGAUGAGUCCCGUGAUCAAAAGAAAGAUCAUCACAUUUAUAUUUUUGACUUGUCGAUUACAUCUAAAAGAUCAAUUAUGACUAAGAAAUAUUGAUAAAUAUUGAUUGAUACUUUUAAUUCGGCUACUUUAUAGCUGGCCGCGUUCCUGGAAUGGAACCAGCUUUUGAGGGGCCAACAAACGGCCGCAUACGAGGUCGCGGUCCGCAGGGAUCGUCGGGGAGUAGCUGUAAGUUCUUCGAGCCGUCCGGCUUUUUUUCAAAUCAAAAUCCUUUUUAAACCAUCUCUUGUCAAAAAUCUUCAAAAAGAAGUCUUCUUCCAAUCCUUUGUAUUCAGAAAACCCUUUAAUGCUCAAACGGUCUUAAAUUGAACACAAUGUGGGAUAGUGAAAUUCGAUUUACGAGAUCAACUUUAGCCGAAAAGUUUCUGCGAUCCUCAACUGCUUUUUGGAAUAAACCGAUCCGGAAACCAGAAAAUAGACAGAUUUAGUAUCGAUUGGUUUCUUAUCGAGACCCCAAGGAGCGAAGAGAGCUUGAAAGAACUCGUUCCGAAUCUAGUAUGAAAAAUUGAUGUCAAUUAAAUCAGUGGUAGAUUCAAAAACUGACAAUCUGUAAGAGUCCUAAAACCUUCACAUCUCAUAGGACAGAGUGGAAUAUUGUGAAGAAAAAAAAAGAAAAUUUCUGUUUUACAGCGCCUGGAGCUCACAUUGAUUGCCGGCGCCAUGGCCCAUCAGGUUCGUUUUUUUUAUUUCAGAUUCAUUUCAAACUGAAAUAUCCUAUUAAUAGCUGUCUCUCGGACCAAUCGAAAUUGGGAAGAUCCGUUUGAAUCUUUUUUCAUUUGGAACACAGUCUGCGCCUGUUUUCCCAACGUGAAAACAGACUUAAGUUGGAUCUACUGUUUCGAUUUGAUCGAUCCGUGUCUCAAAUGAAUCGAAUAAUUCAGAGGGACAAGAAAUAUUUCCAAAAGAAAAUCCAGAUUUUAAAAGUUAUGAAUAAGAUCGAGGCACAAGAAUCAUGUCGAUUUAAUCAUGAUUUUACAGACGGAAGAUGUUGAAGAGGGAACCGUAAGGUCCCGGGAAGAACCGGAAGGAAAUGGGAAUGGGGCACCGAGCAAUACGGUUAGUUUUCUGGCCUUUUUUUUCAACAUUUUCAAUUUCGAAACACUUCUAUUCCCGGGUUUUUCUUGGGAGAAGAGAAAAUGAAACCCUCAGAAAAAAAGAGAACAUGAACACCGAAAAUCUUGUAAAUCGGUUCCUUUUUUUUUCAAAAGAAAAACAAUUUUCUAAUUUUCUCCAUGUUUUGGUGGUAAGAUUCUCAGAAAUGAGGUCAGUAGAGCAAGAAAAAUUGUGAAUAUUCAAACUUCGAACUAAAAUUAGGGGGCGCAAAGCCCCGCCCCUUCAUGCCACCAAAAUGACGAUUUUUUUGUUGCAGAAACGGUUUUGAGGCGUUUAUACAAGCUAAAGUCCCACUUUAAAAAUGAACUGUUUCUGUUAAUCUAUGUAAUCGACAACGCUCUACAAGACUGAAUAUUUUUUUAAAACUAUGUAUUUUUUUCAAAAAAAUAAGCGAAAAAAAGUAAGAUUUAACACGAAAAAAACUGACAAGUUUUUACAAAAAUCGUCGCGUUUCAGAAAAACCAAGUUAGGAACGCUUCUAAAUUUUGAGCAUGUUAUAUAUUAACACUUUCUUUAUUUUUUUCGAGUAAAAAAAUUUUUAAAAAAAUCUAACGACGCGGAAAAAAAUAUUAAAGCUUGUAAAGUGACACCAAACUUUGAAGCUGAAAUGCGAAAAAAAUUUCAGCGACAUGGUAUACUUUUUUUAUUUGAUUUAAAAAAACUCACAAUGUGUUCAAAAAAAUAAAAAAAUUUAGAAUGAAAUUAAUUAUUGGGACAGCGAAUUAAAUUAUAUUUGAAUUUUACCAAAACCUCCUUUUUUUCGCCUGCCUCGUUGACGCAUGAGAGAAUAGGAUCGCGUCUAUAUUUUUGCUUAUGUUAUUAAGCGUUCAAAACUCUAUCAAUGAAAAAAUUAUGAAAAAAAUCUAACGACGCGAAAAAAAUAACGGCUUUGAAAACCUCGAAAAAAUGGCAACUUUUUUUGAAAUUUUGGAAGGAUUCGUGCAAGCGUUCGUAGCUGUGUUUGCGUCAAACACACCGAUGCGCACUUUUUAAAUGUUGCAGGAGCCGUUUUUUUCGGAGUCAAAUUGCACUUUUUUUCCUGUUUUAUUUCGAAAUAACAUUAUUUUUUUCAUUUUUUUCUUUUUUUCCAAACUAAAUGAUAAUAAUUUUUUUCUGAUUAGAAAAAAAGAAAAAAAUAAGUUGAAAAAUUCCUUCUGACCUUUUUUUUCUAAGUAGUUUUUUUGAUAUUUUGUAAAAAAAUUCUUAUGAGAGUUAUACAAAAGAUCUAUACCAAAAACAUGAGGCUCAGUCCGGACAACCUCUCAGAACAGAAAACCGAUUCAAAAAAACGGUCCAGAAACGCACAAAAACAAUUAAAAAGAAAGCGUGCGGCAGCGGGUAAACCGUGAGAUUUUGCCUCCAGUUGUACGCCGCGCGCGCUAGUUUUCUGGCCAUAACUUUUUUCUUAGUGGACCUUUUUUCAAAAACUAAACGGAUUAUGAAAAUGGACAGUCUCCUCUAUCGAAGAGUGUGAAAAACAUAUUUUUUGAAUCGUUUUGAAGAAAUGGCUUGCGGACCCUAACUAAAAUCAAAAAAAUCGUGUUUACUUCUUUCCAAGUGGCCUUUUAUAUCCGGAAAAAAAAAUUAUAGAAUCCGAAAAAGCUGGACCUACGGCAAGUGGUCAGUAUUCAAAGUACAGAUUUUUCAAACGUUGAAAAUUGUUCGCUUCUUCAGUUUCGAAGUUUCAGUUGAUAGAAUGUGAGACUUACAUUUUUUGCUCAAACGAAUCUAUUUCGAAAAAAUCAAAGAGCGAGAUAUUAUUCGAGAUACUUGUUUGAUACUUUUCUGAUGGUUGAAGUGAACUUGAAGAUAAUUUUCAACUUUCAAAUUCCGAAGACAAAAAUCGAAAAAGAUUUACAUGUCCUUACUGGAAAGUUUGAUUAAGAUGGACAAUGGCGAGGUCAUCACAGAAGACUCUGACUCCAACGAGGUUGGAGAUACGGAUGGAGGAAAGAAGGAAGACGGAGAAGGAGAAAGAGAAGAAGGAGCUGAGCCCCCCCAGGUCCGCUUUUUCAGAACAGCUAACUAGACAACUUAAAAAUGAAAGCUGUUGAUGUAGUGAAAUCUUUCUUAACUUUGCUCGAACAGUAUUAAGUUUUCCGAUCCCAAUAGUUUUUUUUUGGACAAUUUCUUUUUAAAAAUAGCAAUGAAAACUAGACUUCUUCUACCGUCUCUUAUUUUUCAGUUGAAAAAUCAUAAAUUACACGAAAUUUUACCAUUCCUACCAUACCAUUUUGGUACCAUUCGCAAAGAAAAGAAAAUGAUAUUUUUGAACUUUUUUGAACAGUAUAAGACCGAUAUAGGUUGAGUAGGGCCAAAAAAGGCUGUUUUCAAGAUUUGGCAGUCAAAACUUUUUUUAAUAGAAGUAGGGCUGUUCAUUUUUCCUUUCCACAUGUAGAAAAAAUUAGAAAGCUACGAGAUUCGAACGCUAAAAAUAGGAGCAAUAUAGCGCUGAGGAAAAUUAAAUUUUCUGUCCAGAUUUCCAACAAAACAGAAGAAAAAGUGAAAUUUACAGCCGUCCACGAGGGCAAGUUUCGGCAUUACGGCGCGCAAAAGGAGACUGGGACAGAGCCGCUCCGCGCAGCCGCCGAAAGUCAGUUUGGGAAAAAAUAGACACGUAAAAAACAUAACAAAGCUUCUGAUGAUCUUUGUAACCGUCUUGAUCAGAAAUUCAUCAAACCUGUUCGUUAGAAGCAAAAUAUUAAAUCGAUUCAAUUUUUCAAAAGGUUUCGAAAUUGCUCAAGAUGUGCAAGAAAAAGUGUGGAGAGAUAAAUUCGAGUUUUCUAAAUCCGAAGAGCGCAUGAAUAAGUGAAGUUCUCGCAGUUGUUACUAAUGAUUUUAAGAUAAAAUUAGUUGGCCAAAAAAUAAAAUAAUGAACAAAAUUCAGCGCGCCCUCCAAGGACCCGGGGGUUCAGCUGAGAAAAGGAAAGGAGAGGAUCCGGAAGGCCCGGACAGAAAAAGCCGUCGUCCCGAGGCUGACGAUGUUGGUUUUCAAUCUUUCAAAAAAUUUAAUCGAAUCGAAAAAGUGAAUUUUUUUUCCUACGCCUUGGGUAUGGCUUGUAGUCGUGGUUCAUCCAUACUGUUGAGCCAAAUUAUGUUCAAAAAUGAGGAAUUCCUAAAAAAAAAAAUCAGAAAACCCAAAAUUGUUUUCAACCUUAUCGUGAUUAUGAUAAGAGGGAAAUAGAAACAGAAAAGUCCGAGCCCAAACCCCCACGCAGUCAUUUGCCAAUUUUCAUCUCCUCUGUCCCAAUUAAUCUAAAGUUGGUUAUGAUCUCGGAAAUCCUGUUAGUCAAUAGCAGUAUUUAUCCAACUGAAAAAAAUUAGAAACAAAUUUUCGCAUCGUUUUGAGUUUUGAGGCUUCCGAAAACUAGAGACCUCUGGGUCAUUUGAGGGACAAACAAAAAAUUUUAAAUUUUGAUCGAAACAGUUUGGAAAAAUAUCGAAAAACAAAGCUUGUGCAAUUCUGCGUAUAUUGGAUUCCGUUUCUGAACGAUUGGUUUCAGGCCGAAAGGCUGGAUGAGGAGAUCGAUGAGAUGGGAUUGGCCCCGGAUGAAGAAGAAGGGCAGCAGCACGACCAGCGGCGAUUGGAGGAGGAACUCCUCGACUUGGAGGAUUCCCCAGCCUCUGUUAGUCUUCUGAUUCUUUUCCACAUGUCGUUCAGUUUCAGUGAAACUCUCUUUUGAUCAUAUUACAGGGAAAUUUUGAAGAAAAAUCAAUAGAUUGUAACUAAUCGGAAAACCGAAAAAAAGAAAAGAUCACUUGAAGAUAAGAACAAACCUUUUGCUUAUGAUUAUAUUGGAUUUCCGACUUUUUAUGGAUUUUUUUAAACUGAAGAUCUCAAGGAUAAAUUACAAUGAGAACCUGUUGAACUUUAAAAAAAACGAAACUGAUUCAGCGCCACUCACCGGAACCGGACGCCAGACAAGAAGGACAGCAAGAGGAAGAAGAGUCGACGUCCUCCAGCUCUUCCUCAUCGGUAAUUUUCGACUUUAUUAAUCACAUAUUAAUUUGGCUUUAAAGUUCAAGCUGUUCUUUCGGUUCCUCGAAAAGAAUCCUCUAGAUCUUUUUUUUGUACUCUUUCAAGCAUUUCUAUCAUAACCAAUCCAAAGAAUUUAUAUAACUUUGGAGAUCUCAAUUUACUUAAUAUAUCGAUUCAACCUGUUUGAUGCGAAUUAAAGAAAUUUGACAAACUUUAAAAUUUCGAAGCCUUGGAAAUCUAAUUUUGUCAUAACUGAGCUUGUGCAUGAGGAAUUUAAUCAAAUCGAAUAAUUCUGUAGAUCUCAAGUUUUUCCAAUUCUUCUCGUUCUUCAAAAAUCAAAUCACAAUCAGAUUUUCUUUAAAUUGGAAGCCGGAAAAGAUGAGUUCAAGCCAAUUGUUUCAAUAAAUUUAAUGAGAUGAAUAAACUUGGUAAAUAUUAAUUUUUGAAGUUAAAAAACUUCGCCAUCAUUUUUUUCUGUGUCCUAGGUAAAAAAUGAAAAGAAGAAAUCAAAUCAAAUAUGAGCUUUCAAAAUGGAAAGGGCUUUCCGAAAAUUCUUCUUCUUUUUUUGGUAAAAUAUUCAUUUAAGGCGCCUUGGCCGGAAGAGCUUGAGGACGUGUACGAACUCUUCGACCUCGAGUCGAUCGAAGAGUUCGACGAAUGAGGUUAGUUUUUUUCAAAUCUUCUCUUUUUCGUCUUCUGCGCUUCUUGAGAUUCUAGUAGGCAUUGGAGGUUCUUCGAGAUUUGAAAACUAGAAACAAAACAGAAAUUAUACUCAAGAAACCCAAAGGUCUAGCCUGACGAAGUAAUAAAGUAGAAUUUUCUUUGAAAUCAACUUUGAUUCAACUUUUUCAAAAACGGAAAAGAGUAACGAAAGCCAGAAAAUUCGAUUUCACUACAAAAAUUCCUUGCCAGAAUCACAAACCUCUCAUAUCUGGAAAUAGAUAAAGUUCGGAAUUUUGAUAGAGUUCCAGAACACGAGCUUUGGCGAGAUAUCAGUUUUUAGUGAAUAUUAAUUGAAAAAAACAAUAACCAGUUUAGUUUGAUUAUUGAUGUCUAAAAAAAGUUGUUCAAGACCGUCUCGUCCGACUCUUCGGAUUCAUUCUUUCCUCGGACAACACGCGCGGGAAAGGAUAGCCCCUCGCAUGGGCCCGACGCAACCUUCUGAACUCCCCAGAAGAAGAAGAAGAUGAUGAUGUGGCCGAAGCCCCGCGUGCCGAAGACCCCGCAGAACUCGUCGCCGAGGAGGCUAUGGAUGAGGCCGCCGAGCUCCUCCAUCUCCAGGUUUCUAUUCCAGUUCCUUUUCCACUGGUCGUUCGGUUUAAACAUUAGAAAUAUAUUCAAAAAAACUUUGUCUUCCACGGGAUUUUCUGUGAAAAAUUUCAGGGCCCUCAAAAAGGCUCGACUUUUUGAAACUAUGAGCUUCAUUAUUUGAUCGAAUUGGUGAUUAGGUUUUUAUGUAGAAUAUUCCAGCUUUUUUUCAUAUUUUUUUGAAUAUUUUAAUUUGAGUAGACGUAAAAAGAUGAGAUUGGGAAGAGAAGGAAUUUUUACAACGUUUUUUUGGAGUUUUAGCAAUUUUUUUCUCCUUCGAUUAGACUUCAAUCAAUCCAAUUUUUAGGUGAAUUGAAAGAUUUUUUUCGAAUCUUUGAAAAAGCUUAGUUAUUGAAAAAUAUAAGGAGAAUUUAAGACAAAUUGGGUUUUACCUUGGAGUUCUCAGAUCUUCUGAAAGGCUGAUGGUGAAAUUAUAGGACGAAGUGGUCCCAGAAACCGAAGAGAAGGAAAAUGAGGCAAAGGAAGAGGAGAAGGAGAACGGGGAUGAGGAUGAGAAGAACGGAGAAGAAGUCGAGGAGGAGGCCAACGACCAGGCCGGUCCAGCAGCCCAGCCCGUCGCAGCUCCCCAACAAGCUGCGGCUGGUGCUGCCGGCCCUGGUCAAACCCGCCAACAACGCGCCGGCCAGGUAACUAACAACUUAUGGAAACAUAAUUAGAAAGCCCACUGUAUCUCCUCUAAGCACCCUCAACUUUUCUAAUGCCGUGAAUUACCGUCCUACUGAGUUUUCCCAGCCCCUUUUCAAGGAGAUCAGAUUCAAAGCUAAUAAUUUUUCAAGAGGUUCAGCUUUUGAUAGACAUUAAUCUUUAGAGCGCGUUUUCAAAGCAAGAUUUUUGCCGCUUUUUCGACUAGAGCUAUUUUUAGUUGAGAAAAAAUGACAUAAAAUAAUCUGGAAUGUUUUUUGACUGUAGACCCUAAAAUCUCAACCUGCCAAGUGUCUUAGACUUUGAGCUUUUUUUCUUUUCGGAAAUUGGAGUUUCGUGAAUUUCGAUAGUUUCUUAUGAGCUUUGCUUUUCUUGAGUUGGAGCUGUUGAUAAGAAGAACUUGUUUCAGCGUCCCAGGUCCGUCGCUCAGAGAGCCUCGAGACGGCUCAGGGGCCUGGGCGUGGGCCAAGCCGUCCGCCGUCUGCCACCGGCCCUCGCUGGUCAUUCCGCGGCCCAACUCCUCGUCAAGAUCAGAGAGGAGUUGGAGGCCAAGGUUGCGGACGGUGGCUACGGGGACGAAGAGUUGCGCCGGGUUGGCCGACUCUCCUCGGCGAUGACCUCGCUCCAAGCAAUUGAAAAAGGACGCGUUGUCACGGACGUCCAGUUCGGAAGGAUCCUCAGGAAAAUUGAGAAAGGAUUCUAA